CCCGGUCCCUGCUGGGAGUAUUUGAAGAAGAUGCUGCUGCAAUUUCCAAUUACGUCAAUCAGUUAUUUCAAGCCAUGCACAGAAUAUAUGAUGCACAGAAUGAAUUAAGUGCAGCAACUCACCUGACUUCAAAGCUUCUGAAGGAAUACGAGAAACAGCGUUUUCCACUAGGAGGGGAUGAUGAAGUCAUGACUUCCACUUUACAGCAAUUUGCAAAAGUGAUAGAUGAGCUCAGCUCUUGCCAUGCAGUACUUUCAACUCAACUUGCGGAUGCAAUGAUGUUUCCUAUUACCCAGUUCAAAGAAAGGGAUCUAAAAGAGAUAUUAACUCUAAAAGAAGUUUUCCAAAUUGCAAGCAAUGACCAUGAUGCUGCCAUCACCAGAUACAGUCGGUUGUCGAAAAGAAGGGAAAAUGAAAAGAUCAAGUCUGAAGUUACAGAAGAUGUAUAUACUUCCAGGAAAAAACAGCAUCAGACUAUGAUGCAUUAUUUCUGUGCGUUAAACAGUCUUCAGUACAAGAAGAAAAUUGCCAUGCUGGAACCCUUGCUAGGAUACAUGCAAGCUCAGAUAAGUUUUUUUAAAAUGGGUUCAGAAAAUCUUACUGAGCAAUUGGAAGAAUUUUUGACCAAUAUUGGCACAAGUGUACAGAAUGUUCGCAGGGAAAUGGAGUGCGAAGUAGAAAACAUGCAACAAACUAUAGAGGACUUGGAAGUAGCUAGUGAUCCACUGUAUUUACCUGAUCCUGACACUGCAAAAUUUCCUGUCCAUAGAAAUCUAACACGGAAAGCUGGCUAUCUCAAUGCGAGGAAUAAGACAGGGCUGGUGUCUUCCAGCUGGGAGAGACAGUUUUACUUCACUCAGGGUGGAAAUCUGAUGAGCCAGGCAAGAGGUGACGUAGCUGGGGGACUUGUCAUGGAUAUUGACAACUGUUCUGUAAUGGCUGUGGACUGCGAAGACAGGCGGUACUGCUUUCAGAUCACAUCUUUUGAUGGUAAAAAGUCUUCAAUCUUACAGGCAGAGAGUAAAAAAGAUUAUGAAGAGUGGAUCUGCACCAUAAACAACAUCUCCAAGCAGAUAUAUCUAAGUGAAAACCCUGAGGAAAUUGCUGCACGUGUGAAUCAGUCAGCUCUGGAGGCCGUUACUCCGUCUCCCUCCUUUCAGCAGAGGCACGAGAGCAUGCGGCCAACUGUACAAUCUCGUCCUCCUGCAGCUCGUACCAGCAGCACAGGGUCUCUGGGAUCUGAAUCAGCAGCUUUAUCGACACUUUCCUUGGAUUCACUUGUUGCGCCCGACACUCCUAUACAGUUUGACAUCAUAUCUCCAGUCAGCGAGGAUCUGCCUGGUCAAGCAAAAUCUUCAGGGCAGUCGGGCAGACGCACAAAUCCGUUUGGUGAAUCUGGAGGCUCAAAAUCUGAAACAGAAGACUCAAUUCUUCACCAGUUGUUCAUUGUAAGAUUUCUCGGCUCUAUGGAGGUGAAGUCUGAUGAAAGUCCAGAUGUUGUUUAUGAAACAAUGCGUCAAAUACUAGCAGCUCGUGCCAUCCAUAACAUUUUCAGGAUGACAGAAUCACAUUUAUUAGUCACUUGUGACUGUUUAAAGUUAAUUGAUCCACAGACACAAGUUACAAGGCUACGAUUUCCUUUGCCCAAUGUAGUCUUGUAUGCCACGCACCAGGAGAAUAAGCGCCUUUUUGGAUUUGUGCUUAGAACUUCAGGAGGGAGAGUCGAGAGCCGACAAACAUCCGUCUGCUACAUAUUUGAAUCGAAUAAUGAAGGAGAAACGAUUUGUGACUCUGUUGGACUGGCAAAACAGAUAGCUUUUCACGCAGAGCUGGAUCGAAAAGCAUCAGAAAAGCAGAAAGAAAUAGAGAGAGUCAAAGAGAAACAACAAAAAGAACUGAAUAAACAAAAACAAAUUGAAAAGGACCUAGAGGAGCAAAGCCGGUUGAUAGCUGCUUCCAGCAGAUCGAACCAGAGCAGUGGGGAAGGACAAUUUGUCGUCCUUAGCAGUAGCCAGUCGGAAGACAGUGAUCUGGGAGAAGAUGGAAAGAAGAAGAGAGAAUCUGAGGCCUAA